ACAAAAGGUACCAGGUAUGGAGACCUACCAUAAAUAUAUCAGUAUUCAAUGUAAUAAGGCUUGAUCUGCUGCCGAUAACUUUCGUAGAUAAUUGAAUUCAUACGAUUCUAUCACAGGUAGAAGAGGUGAGAUACAAAUCAGAGUUGACUUACAUAGCCAUUGGCAUAUCACAUCCGUAUAUCAAAUUGUUAGAAUGAAGGAAUUAAAAUAUAGCUAUCACGCAUACCAGCCUUUGUCUGACUCUCGGCAUGGGCGAUUCGUAGAGAUCCCGAAUACAAUACUCAACGAAAACACAAUCAAUCAACCUAUAAGUAUUGCCCAAGGAGGGUUAGCAGGAAAAGCUUCCUUCGGCCAAGACGGGAACAUAUCGUCUCCGUAUGGAUUGGGAGAAUCGUUCCCGCCCGAAUCCACUCAGUCCAGUAACAGCUUCGAUCACAAUUUAGGCGCCAACAGCAGUUAUCGGAAUGGAGGCGGAAAUCAAACACAUUUUGUUCAACAGCGACAGGGGAACACCCACACACACGCCCACACGAAUGCACAGGUUAAUUCUACUCCGCGGCGCCGCAUGAGCCAGACCCCGGUACUCUCGAGUCAACUGUUUGCAGCUACGCAUCAGGCCAUAUUCAAUAAUGUGCCAACGCAGCAGCAGCGGCCACGCUCGCUUUCGAAUACCAGUGUGGGUGCUACUGAUUCUUUCAGCUCUCAACGCACCAUUGGUAACAUGACGAUUUGUCACGGUAACACACAACCCCCGCAACAGUACACCUUUACGCUUUGUGCGGGCGAUCCGGAUCUUAAAGAAGUGAAAGCAACCACACGCCAAGCACGCAAGAGUAGCAAUAGUGGUAACAGCGUUAUAGGCUUACCGCACAAUAUUCCGUGUGUUAGUCCGAAAGCAAGCGGCGUUUCCGGAAGCGUUGCAACAGCCUCAUCCACCUCCGUUGCUAUCAAGUCGCUAAAUAAUGCGCUACAUCAUCAAACAAUCUCGCGCCCAAGUGCGGGUGUACAAAGUACGAACAGUGGAAGCACGGGCAAAACACAGCACAAGAGAGUACAAAAGCGCUUGCCAGCACAGACUUUGCCCAAUGAUAUAAACAAAUUGGUUUCAUCUUACGCAACAGGCGAUGUGGGCCUUGCGCGAGAAUUGUCGAGCUCUCAAUAUUUGCUUCGCGAAUCAUCAAAUACUCUACUCACACCACGUACAUCAGCAAUCGAUGUGAGUGUCUUACUCGGCCGCCCCGAUAACACCCUACCAAUUGUGCCGACCGAAACCUCGUACACCGUCAAAGCUGCACAGGAGCUAAACGAUACAAGCGUUGAUGUUAAAAGGUACACAUCAUGUGCCUCGCUUACUAUGGGUGAGCUAUUUCUUAGUGAGCUGAGGUCGGAUCUCCUACCUGAUCCUCUGAAUUUGGAUGUUACAUCGACGUCUCAGAAUACGCUUGAACUAUCAAUGGCUUCUUCAAGCUCCGAGGCAUCUAUGGAUCAGCAUGAACGCCUAGAACGAUUGAUUAGUUUACAAGAUACGGACAGCGCUAGUUCAGUUGAGUCGGCAUGCAUGGAAACUGGUAAUAAUCUUGAUUCUUCGGAAGAUGAGUCGAGUUUUUUCUUUCAAGCGCAUAUAGAUGAUGCCGACUUCGCUUUCGAUCCUAUGGGCGACCCUCUUAUGUCGAGUUGGGAAGAAAGCGCCUUCGCGGAGCACCUAUAGUAUGGUACUUUUAUUCGCGAUUCUUGAGAUGUAAUCGGCAAAACCCCUUUUCUGAUUAAGGUCUGAAGGACUUCUAUGUUUAGAGAAGCCUCAAGUAUUACCGGUGGGGAGGGAGUGAUAACGAAGACUGAUGAUAUAGAAUGAAGUACACGUGUAUGGUGAUUGGAAUCGUAAUGGUAUAUAUGGAAGAGGCUUAAACUAACACUAAAUGGUGAGUGAUAAUUAAUAGAUUCAAGCCACGUCUCGCAUCUACGAUUUCGCAAGGGGCUAUCUGUUGACGGUAAAUAAAUUGGUGUAGCCC